AUGGCUCUCCAACUUAAUGGACUGAGCUUCACGGUAUCACCUUGUACUACCUAUUAUCCAUUAGCCACAGACUGCGUCGAGCUCAUUCACCACAACCUUCAUGGACUAGUGUUCACUUCAGAUACUGAGCUGGUCCUUGUUAAGAGUCUCCCUACAUUCACAGAGAUGUCAGGAAGAGCUACUUUAUCUAUGGAUAUCAUGUGGCCUCUCUGGAAGACUGUGAGCAUCCUUGGCUGGGGCAAGCGGCUGGGACAUGCCGCAAAAUGCUUCAUGUAUAUGCGACUAGUAAUAGUAGUAUAUGUUCCGGAAGAAGUUCUAAGUUCAUAUCUACUUUGUACCACUGGUGAUACUCGUGUUAGCAGUGAUAAUACUAGGGAGUUGCUACCGCCACACCCUCCGCCUAUUUGUGUAGGUAAUGCUUGCUUCUAA